GAAGGUGAUUAUAAAAUAAAAAUUUUAAUAAUUAUUAAAUCUAUUGUUAUAUUCUUUGUUUUAUUAUUAUUAUAUCUUGCAUUUUUAGUUUAUUGAGAUUUUGGUGAAUUUAGCAGUUCCAUUGGUUUAUGUACGGCCAUUUGUUUAUUUUGUGAUUUUAUUAUGCUAUGGGAAUUGGAGUUGUAGCAUUAGGAGAGGCAGAUAUUUUAUUUAUAUGCUAUUUGCUUGCUUUGUGAAUAAAGUUGUAUUUUAUUAUGAGAUGCUAUAAGUCUUUGAAUCACCUCUGUUUUGAACUUUGAACCCUCAUCUUUGAUUUUUUUUUUUUUUUUACUGUGCGACCCUUGCCCUCACUUUUUAUUGAAGGUUGAAGAUGCCUUGUAUCUGAAAUAUGAAUGUCUUUUGAAUUUUGUUUGUCUCCUUAACUUCUAUUGUUAUUUAUUUGUAUGUUUAGCUUAAGGCCUGUCUUUUUAUUGAAUUUUAUGAAUAUGUGAUGAAUUUUGUUUUAUUUUUUAUUUUGAGCAUUUAUAUGUAUAUAGUGUACUUUUUUAUACCAUCCACGAUGUGGAACUAUCUAAGAUUGAUCGCUAUGGUUUUAGUCCAUAUAUAAAUUUGUGAAGUUUGCAAACCUUAAUCACCCCAUCUGUUAAGGAAGAUAUUCUUCACAUUCAACUAAUGAAGCCAGUAGUGAGUGGCCACAACAAAGGCAAAUUAAUGCAAGGAUAGCCACCAGUGAGAGUCUUAGAGUGAUAGAUGGUAGGUUGAGUAUACCCUUUAGUUACCAGUCAAGCUUUCAAGCUAAUAACCACAGAACAAAUUUAUUUUAGUAAAGACCAAUUUCAAACCAAUAUAGCUUAUUUAUCAAAAGGAAAUAAAAGAUAACACAUGACUCGAUUUGAGGGAUUGUAGGAUGUGAAGGAAUAGUAGAUAGAACAUAAGUAGCAAUGAGAGACUCAAACUCUGUUAACUCUUAUAAGUUUAUGAUUCUAUCACACUGCAAUGAAUCAAAGAAUAUAAAUGAAAAAAAAAAAGAUCUUAUUAAAUUGAAUGGAAAGAAACAAAAAAUAGUAGAGAUCUCUCCUCCAAAGCUUUUUCCUUCACAAAGAAUUUCUCCUUUCACAAAUAGCAAAUGCUCAAUUUACAAAUGAUAACACUUCUGAAUGUUCUUCACUCACAUCUUCAUUAGAUUUAUUACUUAACAAACUCCCUCUACUGAGUUAUCCCUUCCAUUAACUACAAACUAUCUUAACUAACUUUCUUUUCCUUCUCUCCUAACUCCUACCACAUACAAGUACGUUAAAUCACAUUUAAACUCUUUUUCUAAGCUUUGACAGAUUUGAUAAACUCUCAAUUCCAUUAGUAAGUUUAUGAACCUAGAUUUCUACAUGGUCAUAGCAACAAAAUGUAAAGUCUUGGUGUUUUAUACUUGGGUCAAAGCCUUUGUUAUGGAGAUGUUAUUAAAUUAUGUUUGGAUACCAGUAUGCGUUUGACAGAACAAAAAAGAUACCAAUGUGUGAUUUUUAAAUAAUGUUUUUGAAGUCUGUAAACUCUUACCAAGUCAAUUUUAGGAUUAGAGUGAUAAACUAAAGUAUGAGAAGAAGACACACUCACCAUUCCUGUAGAUGUAAACAUGUAAACACUUUGUUUCAUUGUUGAAAUUGUGAAGGUUCCAACUAUUUUUUUUGUUAUUUUUGGGCUAUAUUUGGAAAAAAAAAAUCAACAAUAUGCCAAUUUUUGGUCAAAUUGCUUUGUUUCAUACCUUUAUGCUACUUAGUUUGUGACUGAAAAUUACCUGUUUAACCAUAAUGUGUAGCAAAUAUCUAAUAUAAAACUGAACCAGAAAAAAAAAUAAAAAUAAAUGACUCUGAGAAGCUAAAUUUUUACCUAACUUUUUAUUACAUUUAGUACUGAAUUCUUGGUGUUGACUUUGAUUUAACCACUAUUAGAUCUCAUAUUUUGAUAUGCAUUGGUUACUUAAUGGCAAAACUUUCAUUUCUCAGUUGUAUGAUAUAGUUCGCAAAGAAAUAUGGUACCGGCCAGACAUGUUUUUUUAUAGGGAUAUGCUUAUAAUGCUUGCACGAAAUCGAAGAGUGGAAGAAACGAAGAGAGUUUGGGAAGAUUUGAAAGUGGAGGGAGUUUUGUUUGAUCAGCAUACAUUUGGAGACAUUAUUAGAACUUUUCUAGAUUGCGAAUUGCCCUCAGAGGCAAUGAACAUAUAUGAAGAAAUGAGACAAUCUCCUGAGCCCCCUCUUUCAUUGCCUUUUCGUGUUAUAUUAAAAGGGCUCAUUCCAUAUCCAGAGUUAAGAGAGAAAGUAAAAGAUGACUUCUUAGAGAUUUUUCCAGAUAUGAUAAUCUACGACCCUCCAGAGGACUUGUUUGAAGAUAAUUUGCAGCACCAAGAUAGAGAUAAUAAGAAUAUUAUUGCAUAGUUCUUUGGAUACCCGACAUAAUUAUCUGCACUUUGCUUUGACAAAUUUUAUUCAAGUAAAGAUCGAGGUGUUUGCACCAUAUUUUGUAUUUUGAACUAGCGUGAUGCUAUGCAAUGUUGAGAUUUUGUAGCGAUUGUAAGUAAUCACAAUUGUUUUUUUUUUUAUCUCAAUUGAGUUUUUCCAUCUUUCGAUGUUUACCUUUUUUUAAUCAUUGUACAUUUGAGCCUAAACAAUGAAUGAAUAUUCGUGAUACGUUAAUCGAUAACAGAUCAUAAAUGGGUGUAGGGAGUUGUUCAAUGGGACAAUACAGACAAGAUACUUUGACUUUUUAUUUUUCUCUUUUAGUAUUCGGUGUUGUUUUAUGUUGUUUGACUUUGAGCAAUUCUAUCAAAGUAUAUUAUAAGGUAUAUUAUAAGGUUAUGUGUAUUGCGGCUGCAAAUGACAGCAUGUUGGAUUUAUUUAUUUUUAACAUUUGGAUAACAAGUAACAACUUUGAUUCAAGGUUUUAUCAUUUUAUUUUCUAUAGAAAUUGCACUGGCUAAUUAUAAAUCCUUUAGGAAAGUUGAGUUUUUAAAUUAAUGAUCAAAAAUAAAAAUAAAAAAAAAUAAAAAUUAUCUAUUAUAGUUAAAUAGAUGGUAACAUAAUUGUUCGGGGACGUGAUGGAAAACACGAGUCGAGGGAAUAUGGAAAGCAACAAGAAACCAGAUUUACAUGUCUUGCUCUAUUUGGCAUAUAUCACUCAUCAUUAAAACCUGUGGCACUACCAAGUUACUGCAUGCGAUCCCACCCAUAUUGAAGUUAGCUGGGGUCCUUUCCCUUAAUGUUAGAUCUGUACGGUACACGAGGGGAAGUUUCAUUUUUCCUGGUGCUCAGCCAUAUCCCCAUCGGAAUUUUUCUGAGGAAGUAGCUAUCCUUGAUGGCUACUUUGGGAAGCUUGGGUCAGGCAGCAUGGCUUAUAUUAUGGGUGGCUCAGACAAAGCACAGAAAUGGCAUGUUUACUCUGCCUCGGCUGAUUCAUUGACUCCAACCGACAAUGUUUACACUCUAGAGAUGUGCAUGACGGGCUUAGACAGAGAGAAAUCAUUGGUUUUCUUCAAGGAACAGUCUGAUUCAGCAGCCCAGAUGACUGUCAAUUCUGGCAUUAGAAAGAUUCUUCCAGAUUCUCAGAUAUGUGAUUUUGAUUUCGACCCAUGUGGUUAUUCAAUGAAUUCUGUUGAAGGUGCUGCUGUGUCUACCAUUCAUGUUACGCCAGAAGAUGGUUUCAGCUAUGCAAGCUUUGAAACUGUGGGGUAUAAGAAAGUAAAUCUACCCUACAUCUAUAUGUUCAUUAACUCUCUAUUGUUAUGUAUAUGUUCAUACACUUUGUUUUAGCGACGUUAACGAAGCUCUGACACAUUUGUCUUAUGUAUGCAGUCUUUAAUGAAAAAUGAAAUACUUUACUACAAAGCAUUCAAAUUAUAGUAUGGAAUUAGUAC